CUUCACCCACAGCCUCGCCCAACCCCUUAGCUGUGAGGCACCGUGGCCUGUGUCGCGUAGGCGAGGUCCACAUCCCCUCUGGGCUCUCAGUUUGCCGGCGUUGGGGGGGGGGGGAGUUUGGCAUCGCGUCGAGCACCGUUGAGCCGCAAAGUCGGAGGCUGUGGGAUCUCAAGCGUCGGCUUGGUUCGUCGUCUGCGUUAAGCAUCCUACUUGCUGAGCUGCUGGUAUGGAGAGGCCCAAACUGGAGCCGGUGCAUGGAGUCCCCAUGCUGGACUUCAUAGCGAGGGACUGGAGCCUGGUGGAGUCGUUUAAAGCCAGGCCCGAAGACCUCCUCAUAGCGACUUACCCCAAGGCGGGCACCACGUGGACCCAGGAGAUCGUGGAUCUGAUUCAGAGUGGAGUGGACGUGGAGUACUGCAAACGCAGCCCCGUGUACGAGAGGAUCGUCUUCAUGGAGUGGACAGGCUUGAAUUUCAUGACGCCUCGCAAGGGAGUGGAGGUGCUGAAUGACUUGCCGUCUCCUCGCACGAUUAAGACUCACCUGCCCUACCAGCUGGUGCCUUCCUCAUUUUGGGACAACGAUUGCAAGGCCAUCUACGUGGCACGUAAUGCUAAGGACAACGCCCUAUCCUCCUUCCACUUCGGACGAAUGAACCAGCACCAUCCGGAGCCCGGCACCUGGGAGGAAUACCUGCAUCGUUUCAUGAUCGGCAAUGUGUGCUGGGGCUCGUGGUAUGAUCACGUGACUGGGUGGUGGAACGUGAGGGAGCGGCACCGGAUUCUCUACCUCUUCUUCGAGGACAUGAAGGAAGACCCCAUGCGUGAGGUGUCCCGCAUCGCUCGCUUCCUUCAGCGGCCGCUGUCCGAGCAGCAGCUGCGUGAGGUGGUGAAGCUCACCUCCUUCCCCGUGAUGCGCGACAACCCCAUGACGAAUUACAGCACCGUGCCCACGGACUUCAUGGACCACUCCGUGUCGCCCUUCAUGCGCAAGGGGGAGGUGGGUGACUGGAGGAAUCACUUCUCUGCUGCUCAGCUAGAGGCCUUUGAGCAGCACUACAAAGAGAAAAUGGCCACCACUGACCUGCGCCUGAGAGACAGCCUGCCCUGAAGGGCAGUGUUCCUCCCGCUGCUCCUGCCUGUAUCCAUUGAGUGAUCUGGGUUAAAGUAAUGAUAUAAUAAAACCAAUUUCAUGUAAUAAAUAUAGAGUAAUUCAUGCUGAUUGCAUCCCACAACGCUGUACAAUAAUUAUGUCCACAAUCGCAUUUAGGGCUGAAUCGUAUUUUAAACAAUUAUUAGGCGAAGGAAAACCUCCAGGUAAUAGGGUUGUCACUCUCUGAGUUACAAAACAAUCGAGACAUAUCAUGGGGAAAAAGAAGGCAAUCUCACAAUUCCAGAAGAGGCGAGAAAUUCACGUAAAUGCCUUCUUUUGAACUGCGCAAUAUUAGUAAUAUGCAAUUGACUCGAAAGUACAGUUGAUUAUCGAUUAUCCGGCGCGCGAUUAUCCGGCGCGCGAUUAUCCAGUUUCAAACAUUAUUUGGCGGUCGCGGAACAAUACGGCGAAACCGGUAAAAAACUGCUCCAAAGGCUGUACCAGUCAGGCGAUCGUCAAACACAAGCAUGUUUCAUCUUCUUUGGUUCUUUCGGUAAAGUCACGUAGAAUGAGAAUAAAAUAAUAAAUUGAUAAAAUAAAAUAACAUAACACAGCGCUGUCCUACCAGACAGUCUCGUCCCU